AUGGCGUCUCUUCCAGCAAUCAGGGAACCUUUAAGGCCGGCAGGGUCUUUCAAUCAGGUCUUACACCCUCAUUUUACAGAUAAAGAAUCUGAGGCCCAGAGAGACACGUUCUGGUACAAGUUCCUGAAGAGGCAGCCGGGAGGAGAGCUCUCCUGGGAAGGCAAUGGGCCUCACCACGACCGUUGCUGUACUUAUAAUGAAAACAACUUGGUGGAUGGUGUUUAUUGUCUCCCAAUAGGACACUGGAUCGAGGCCACUGGGCACACGGACGAGAUGAAGCACACAACAGACUUCUAUUUUAAUAUUGCAGGCCACCAAGCCAUGCAUUAUUCAAGAAUUCUACCAAAUAUCUGGCUGGGUAGCUGCCCUCGCCAAGUGGAACAUGUAACCAUCAAACUGAAGCACGAAUUGGGAAUUACAGCUGUAAUGAAUUUCCAGACCGAAUGGGAUAUUGUACAGAAUUCCUCAGGCUGUAACCGCUACCCAGAACCCAUGACUCCAGACACUAUGAUUAAGCUAUACAAGGAAGAAGGCUUGGUCUACAUCUGGAUGCCGACACCAGAUAUGAGCACUGAAGGCCGAGUACAGAUGCUGCCCCAGGCGGUCUGUCUGCUGCACGCUCUGCUCGAGAAUGGACACACCGUGUACGUUCACUGCAACGCGGGCGUAGGCCGGUCCACCGCGGCCGUGUGCGGCUGGCUCCAGUACGUGAUGGGCUGGAAUCUGAGGAAGGUGCAGUACUUUCUCAUGGCCAAAAGGCCGGCUGUGUACAUCGAUGAAGACGCCUUGGCACAGGCAGAAGAAGAUUUUUUUCAGAAAUUUGGGAAGGUGCGUUCUUCCAUAUGCAGUGUGUAAUUGCCCAGGAAAGGAGAAACCGAAUCAGUGUUAAUACACGUUGCAUCCCAAUUUUCUUAGGAAGCCUGGGGGUGACAGUAGUACAAUGAUCUAGAAACAAAGGUGUUACCUAAAGAGAAUGGUUGCUGGCUUCUCACCUCAACCCGCCUCCUUUAGUCUGGGGCUGACUUACCAUUAUGCUUUGGUCGAGCUGUAUUGUCUUUGAAAUAUUUUACAAAGGAAGUUGUGAAUGACACAGGAGAAGAGGCCACAUGCAGCUGGGCUGUGCCAUGUUGUGCUAGCAUCAGACAGAAAGGUAAUGCAUGCAGUUUGUGCUGCCUGCAAGCGGACCAGCCCUCUGCUUCACAGACACUGCGUUUAUUGUGUUACGAGUUGAUGCCUGCACUUUCUUGCUGCCUUGUAAUGUGUCGUGCAGAAGAAAACGCAGGGAGUUGUGUAGAUUUCAUCACUCGUGGGUGUGUGUCUGUGUGCGUAUGUGUACACACACACAGACACACAUCCACACAUGCAAAUUUUCUGCUAAAAUUAUAAAAUGAGAGCUGGUCAGUUGCUGAAGAAGGAAGUAAAGGUGGAAGUCUGGACUAUGGCAAAGUAAGAACUCAACAUGACCCAAAUCGAUGGCUUUCUAGACCUUGUUUUUGCAUCCUGUUUCAGUUAUCAGAGUCUAUUCUAAGGCAUCACCUUCCUUAUCUACCCAUAACCUUGCGUGACCCCCAAAGCGGAGUUAUUAUCUCUCUGUUUUAAUUGAGGCUCCAUGAGCGUAGACGCUUGUCCAAGGCCUUACGGCUAGUCAGAGACGAGCUGGAGGUGCACUCAGUGCUUUUUCAACACAACUUGUUGCUUUGCCAGCAAACGGGAGUGCAUUCCGUUUCCCUCUCUCAGAGUAAGGUCGAUGUUUCUGCAGCAGUUUCUAUGGCGAGAAAUGGAACAGUGUUCUGAUCAGUUGCCAAAGAAUUUAGGAAAGUAGUUAUAUUUUGUACCACUUAUUUUAAAACGUGGUGGACUGUCUCAAGGCCAAAGUGGCCUCAGCCAUAACUCACAAGAGGAGUCACAUUACCAAAAAAGCCCAAAGAAUCCAAAUUCAUAGAAAAUUGUUUCACAGCUUGGGAACGAUCCUGGUUCCACACUCAGUUUAAUACAAUGCACUGUUACUGUGGCUCCAGAAUAUGCAAGUCCCUACCUUACCCUAGAUUCUACAGGAAACACAAAAAUGAACAAGGCUUUGCUUUUAAAAAGCUCAUAGCCUGGAAACAGCCCCAUGUUUAAUCAAGUAUAAUGCAGGAUGGAACUGUGAAUGACAUGCUAGAAUAGGGGAGGGGGAAGUAACUUUUAUUGGGUACUUCUUUUGUGCAGGGUGCUUUACGAUCUUAUCCAGUUUAAUCUUGGCAGUACCCUAUGAGUGAUGUUUCAUUAUCUCCACUAUAUAGACGAGGAAACUAGGCCUAGAGAGGUUAAAUCAACUGUCCAGGAUCCCAUGGUGAGUAAACAGAUGAAACGAGAUACAAAGCUAGGUUUGUCUGACUCAAACCCCAUACUUUUCCUAUUAAACUACAAUGCUUAUUGGAUUUUCUGCUCCUUCUUUUCUUCCAUAAAUAUUUAUCGAUAGAUAUUAGAGACUGAUUUCGGAAGUGUAGGGGAUAAGAAGGAUGGAAAGUGGGUCCCAGUGAAGUUCAGAGGAGGAGAAGAUGUUUAAUAACUGUGAGACUCAGGGGAGAGGACAUUUGAUUUGGGCAGAGAAGGCUGGACAAGACACAUUUCUCUUACAAUUUUACAAAGUUACGUUUAUAAACCAGGAUUGAAUAAUAUGAAGUCCAGCUCCCUUGCCAAAAAUAACUAGAGAUAACUAUUGUAUUAAUCUCUUUAUAGUCAUGUGUUAUGUAAAAUUUAAUCUUAAAAAAAUGCAAUAUUUCUAAUUAUGUACGUGUGUGUGUGUUGUGUGUGUGUUGAAUUUCCUUAAUGUCUAAGAAGUCCAGUUGUAUAAUUUCUACUACAGAAAAACCUCUUUGGGUGGAUUUUUUCCUUUUUGCUCUA